AUGUACCCAACGGAAUAUACAAAUGUAAAUAAUAUACAUAUUGUAUCACCAGGCACAUUUGGCCAAGAUGGACCCAUCGUAGAAGUAGAAGUUGGCUCAACAGUCAGAGGGGUGGAGGAGUAUAUGCCCAAUUCUAUCAAACCGAUAUACAAUUUCAUGGGUAUUCCUUUCGCAGCGCCACCUGUCGAUGACCUUAGAUUCCAAACACCACAGGAAAUCCCUCUCUGGACGGGAGAACUCGAUGGGACAAAUUAUGGUGAUAUUUGUCCAAAUUCACUACCUGUUCCGGAUCCUGAUAUGAGCGAAGAUUGCCUCUUUCUGAAUGUCUGGACUCCAUCGACCUCACAGAACGCCAAUAUGGCAGUCAUGGUCUGGAUGUAUGGAGGAGCUUUCCAGUUAGGUGACGGCGAUUCUUACGAAGGGACUGAGUUGGCAACUCUGGAAGAUGUAGUGGUAGUCAGGUUCAACUAUAGAGUCGGAGUAUUGGGCUUCUUAACAAUGGGUGAUUCUAAUGCACCGGGAAAUGCAGGUUUACUAGAUCAACGAAUGGCCCUCCAAUGGGUACAGCGGCACAUUCGAAGUUUUGGAGGAAAUCCUCGUGCGGUCACAAUUUUCGGAGAAAGUGCAGGAUGUACGCAAGGCGAUUCAGCUAGAAUAACUACUUGUCUCAGAAACCUCCACUGGGAAGACAUUGAAGAUCAUUCAUUCGAAUACCUGCCAGGGCCUCACCUCGACGGUAUCUUCCUCACAGACUGGCCCCUCAGCACGUAUAACAUGGGAGAAUUUAACAGAGUUGAUUAUCUACUCGGUUUUAACCAAGACGAGGGAUAUAUAUUCAUGGAAGACGCCGACCCUACUCGUGAAAACAUCGCAACGUUAAUCAGGGACUACCUUGCCGUGAUUUACCCGGAAAACUUAGAGGCAAUCCACCAAGCAUGUAUGGACGUCUAUGUUGAUUAUGAUUCAAUGGUGACAGAUGAGGAUUAUGAGAGGGCCUAUUCGUAUUUUAUCGGGGAUAAACUUUUCCUUGGCCAGAUCCAUGACAUUGCUAGGAAGCACUCGGGGAAGAAGUCGAAGUUCAACGGACCGUCAAAGAAGACAUUCGAUGAAUUGUUAGCAGAGAAACUGCAACCAUAUUACGAUGAGUUUGAAGAGUUCAUGGUCGAACAAGCAGAGCGAAUUUCGAGAGAGAUCAAAAUGGAUUUCAUCCAGGAAGGAGACGAUGGAGUUGUGAUCGGGGAGCCGAGCCGAGCCCCAAAGAAUAGAAAGUACUAUGGUGACAAUUUCAGUGGCACAAAACAAGAUUAUGGACAAUUUGCAUCCAGAAUCCCUAUGCCUGCAAUAGGAAACCAACGACGCCAACCAAGUAUUUGCCCAAUUUCAUCAAAUCCGCCGCUCAUUUCACCAAGCUCAGAGACCAGAUUGCCUCCAAUAGCCGAAAACCAAUAUACCGCUCCUGUACCACCAAGAGGGCAAAGACCAAUUACUGCUCGACCAACGCAACGCCAAACAGCUAGGCCAAGACCUUUCCAAGCACCUCGAUCAAGUGAUCAUCUCGCACCAACCCCACCAGAGAACAGUGCUCCUACACGGGCAUCCAUCCAAGCUCGCAGGUUCAAACAUCAACAGGACCAACAGCGAACUAAAGCACAGAAACUGGAAGACAGGAUGCGCCGCGCAGAAGCAAAUCAUAAGCGUGCAAUCGCAGAAAAACGGGGAAGAGCCCAACACAGUUUGGAUUAUUGGGAAGCUGGACAAGUCAGAAACCUGGAAAUACAUAAGAAUGAUAAUGAUGCCUCAUAUGAGAGAGCAAGAGCCAGAUUGAGCGCUGCAGCAAAGAGAGUUAGAUAAUAAGCACCAUAUUAGCUACUUAUGUAAAUGUUAGGUUUACCUAGAGCGCGGCGAGGAUGGUUCAGUCUUUCAUACUUGCAAUUUUUGCAUUUCUAUUUGUAUAUUGGUCAUAUACUCUAUAAGAGUUAAAGUGAUUCUUGAUUCAUAUCCUAUUUGACGUUUGCCCUUUCACUUUUUUUGUAACUCAACUUUCACAACCGUUUGACCCUUACAAUAUUGUCAAUCUAUAGUUAACAAGGCCGUCACACUUAAAAGUCGACUAGUAGUUCCUCUCAACUUGUAUGUUAAAUAUCUGUAUUUAUAACAACAUUGUUCGACGUGACCUGUAAUUUCCAGGGUUGUGCAAUUUAAGAUGACUUAAGUUUCAGUUUUAAUUUAAUAGAUAAUUACAUGGGCUGACCGUGACCUAUAGUACACUCUGUCAUUCUAUUUAAGUUGAUCAAUCAUUCAAGAUCUCGUCGGCAGAUUUAACAUCCAUCUAUCGAUAGCGAAUGCAGUGACCUUGACUUAUGGUUAAUAGGGUCGUGUUAGAGUUUACCUUCGAUUUUUAAACAUAUGUUACAUAAGUUAAUUGAUAACCAGUUUUCGUGUAACCACUAGUGAACAGGGUCACGUUAUUGAAUUGAAAUUUUCAUUCACAUGUCAGAGUUGCAAAUGUUUUGACAAUAGGUUGACUAAUGAACCUAGACAACAGAAAGUUGUAGGCCUAUAGUAAGGUUACGUUGUACUUUUGAGAGUGUUCUCUUGUUAAUUCAAACACUUCCUGCCAAGUCGAGUUUGAUUUUGGUUGUGACAGUAUAAUUAACAAGAUGGAUGGAAGUGUUUUAUGAAUUCUCGAACCACACGAGACUAGAAUGAGAUUUCUUAACUGUAGUUAUAUUCUUUGUAAUUUAAACUAGAUCUCGUUAAAUAGAGCUCUCUAGUUGCAUUCUACAUUAAUAGGGAUCCCGUUAAAUAGAGAUCCUGAAACUGUCGUCUGCUCGUAAUUACUUA